UAAUAACAGGAAGUGGACAGUGCUCUGCUUGAAAUAAUUACUCUGGUUCCUCGUCCUUGCAUCCAUGAUCAUAAGAGAUUUAGUUCAACUUUGGUUUUUAAACAAAUAUCACUCGGAUGAUAUUCACACAAGGAAAACUAAACAGUUGAUUGCUAUUAAUUAUUGACUCAGUGCUAAUGAACCUGAUGCAAAUUCUCUAAUUCCAACAUGAAACUUUGGGUCACAAUGAUGUUGGAGUACCAAUUGAUUUUUAUCAUCAUUGGUAAAUUAUUUGCAAGUGGGGAGUGGAUAGAAAUGCCGCAAUUUUCUGAUGAAUCGAAAGUUUAUAAAUUAUCUGUGCAGGGGCAGAACUUUUUGCAAAAAAAACUCCUAAAAUAUGGCCAGAAAACUAUACCUGACUAUGAUUUCAAAAGGGUUGCCCAACUCUUGAAUGAUUUUGAAACCGUAAACGGCAAUACCAGCAGAGAAAUUACAUUCCAGAAAAGUGAAAGUACCAUCUCUUUGUCGGAAUCUGAUAAUUUUGCUCUUGUAAACCUAUCGGAGGAGUUACCGGUUGGUCACACAAACAGUGUCGAUGAUCCGGUGAACAUCUCAGCUUCAAAUCCUAAAGAGAGCUUGGAAUUAGUCAAAGUUAUCAAUAGUGGUAUAGAGUCGUCUACUACUGAAUCACCUUCCACAUUGGAAUCACCUACAGAUGUAUUUACAAGUAUUUCAACAACGGCACAACCAAUAGUACCAGCAACACCAAUUCGGCAGAUUUUUUUUGACAAAAAACAGUAUAUCAAUGAGACUAAAGAUGAUUUAGCAUUCCAGGAUUACUUACCAAUGGGCAUGUUAAGAAAGGUUCAUCAAAAUCUUAACUCUCAGCCUGAUAAUAUAAAUGGGAAAAUGCGGUUUUUGAAAAAAUUUGAAACAGAAUUGAUCGUGGAUAUUGAGGCACGACUCAGUACGGCAUUAGCUCCGAUCAGACAAAAAAGAGGAGCUCAUGAUCACUGGGAUCAUGAUGAUGAAAUUGGUUUCCCAUCUUUAGAAGGAGCUCUAAUGGCAAUUUCAUUUCUAACUUUUGCAGUCUACUUGAUACGGCUAGUUAUGUUGCUAUUUCGUAAUGCAAACAAUACUACAGCUGGUCAAGCCACAAUAUUAUUUGGCAGAAAGCGUAGAUCGGAUAGUGAGAUGGACACACUAGCUGACAAAACGGAAGAGAUACUGAAAUACCUGAACAGUUUUAAAAACAACUAGUUAUUACUUGUCUAUUUUUAUUUCUAUCUUCUCAGAAUUAUGAAUAAAUGUUCAUUCAAGCCCAA